AUGGGUAUAGCGACUUUGUGCAAAGCGGAAGAUCUCGUUGCAAUGGGAUGUAGUCGCGACCCCACGUUGCCAUUUUGCAAAGAUCACGUCCCCAGAACCAGAGAGACACGUGACUCGGAAAUCACGGAAAAAGACAAGAUCGCUUGUGCAGAACUGCGGCAUGAGUACGUAAAAGUGUGUGCCUUAUCUGGUCAGCAUAAGAUCGACAAGAAAGAAGAUGAAUUUUGUCAAGCGUUCGAGAACAUUUGCUUCCGUAUUUCGAAAGAAGACCCCGAUCAGUCUACCGCACCUACAGUACCGACAGCUCUGAUAAGGGAACUGAAACCGAUCAAUGAUGCCUCAGACGAGGGCGAAGAAAGAACAACCACGAGACAGCCCGAGAGGGGAAAAAGAAGAAGCGGAUCGAUUUUUACGAAGUUUUGCAAAGAAUUCAAGAAUCGAUAUCUAUUUGUGUGUCCCGAUCCUUUCCGAUUCGGUCAAAAGGCAGUAGUAUUCUGUCCAAUCUACUCUGAAAGAUGUCAUGUACCACUUCCUGAUCGACCUGUACUGCCAACGCGGAAACCACCGACUGGACGUAGAAGCAAUUAUGUUGAAAGGAUAUGUCGAAGUUACCGAGGAUUUGCCGAAACUUACUGCAGCAAUCCGUUCACCCUCAGUCAACCGCAAUAUCGUGAAGGAUGCGAGAAGUAUUGGCGAUUCUGCACGCGGCGAAACGGUUAA